UCGAUCUCUUUCCCUCUCAAAAUCUUCUUCUUCUUCUUCUUCUUCUUCUUCUUCUUCGCUCUAAAAAUAAUUGCAGCGGUGAAGGGUAAGAUCUAUCUAUCCAAAAUCUUAUUCUUCUUCACUUUUUCUCUAAUCGAUUUUUACCCUCGCAUAUUUGGUGGACAAAAGAAAGUGGUCGCUAUUUUAGGUUUGGCGCCCAAAGACUAUCACGCGAAAAGCCAAAUCUCCUCUUGGACGAAUGAUUGAUUCUUUACAUCUUCUCCAAGCAGACUGGUUCUCUAUUUUUUGCUAUUCCUCUUCCUUUUUCAUUCUCUUCGUUCCCUCUCUCUCUCUCUCUCUCUCUCUAAAACUGCAUUGUUAUAAAAAAUGCAUGCGUUGCUGGAUCCCUGUUCUCUAACUCCCUCUUCUGUCAUCCCCCUUCCUCCUACUGUCCUUGUCCGCCCUAUAGUCGAAACAGCAACUCAAUCCAUGAAUUUCUCCUCCAUUAAGAGAAAGAAUACAAAGCCAUCUUUACCAUUUUCACACGCCCGCCUUGCUUCGUUCCUUCUCCCAUACACCCACAACAGACCCAAUGACAGUGUUAGUGGAGACACAGACGAUAUGUUCGACGGAUUGUUGGACUUGUAUGGGAAGGUGGUUUACAAAAGAAACGAUAGAAAAACACCUGGUGCAGAAGCCGACGACGAUGCUGAGAACCUGUCAUCUGUUGUGGCUCUGGCCAAGGUUGCAAGCGAAGUAAAGGGUGCAGAUAUCCGUGUUCUCUUUGUGAAGCCUCUAGUUUAUUGGACUUGGUUUUUUAUCAUUGCCACAGCCUUUUCACGCCCUCAGAUUGAUGCUAUUGGGUUCAAAAUAAGAGAUCUAGCUGAGAAACAAUAUAGAAAAGUCCCAUCAGGUGACACUAAAUCCAACUCGUGGACUGUAUUGGAUUUUGGCAAGUGCUCUAAUUUCUUAUUUCCUGGCACUGGCGAUGAAAAACUGUAAACUGAACUAUAACUCAUGCUAUGAAUUCUUGACACAGCCAAAUCACCUUUGGUAACAUUGCAAUUCUGUUGCAUCCGAGAGCUAGUAUGCCUUCAGCAGAUUCAAUAUUAUAACUGUAGAGGGGGCAUCUCUUGGAUUAAACUUCUGUUGAUGAUUGUCAGUUUCUAGACGCAGCCAUGCAGGACUGCAUUGUGGAAGCUUGGUUAUUAAGGCUGGAUGAUGAUCAACCCGGUCAUUAAUGUUUGAAACCAAGAAGGUUUUCCCUCAGAGUGGGGAUACCAAGACCGCAUGAGUUCUCCAAUUUCAGUGUACAUAUGAAGGAUUGGAGUUCAGAAGCUUUAGAACUCCUUCCAUCAAACCUGAGUGUUGCUGGUGAUGUAGUUGUCCACAUAAAGAAUUCCCCAACAGCGAGCUUUCUACAACCUGGAUGCAACACCUGUAGAGUUACCCUUUGAUAACCAGUCAUCAUUUCGCAGCUGAAAAUCCUUCUGUAACUCCCCAAGCAAUCUCAAGCUUCUGAUUGAUGCAGGUGGUUGAAUGUCAUGCAUCUUGAAUAUGGAUAGCAGUUAAUGAUUGCCUGAGUUUUGCAUUGAGAACAAACCUUUUGAGUUUUGCUGGGGUUGAUUGAUCAUAAGUCAGCCAAAAAGUUGCAGCCAUGACUUUUGGAUAUAAUUAAUCAUGUAUGCACACAAGGGAUUUGUUGAGGAGUGUUGUACUAAUAUCACAUUCGGUCCAGUAACUCCCCGAAAGUUCUCCUCAAUGAGCCUUCCAGAUAGAAAUCUGAUGUGUACAGUUUUGGGGUAAUAAUUAACAUAUAGGUAGAACCCAGGUCUCUCCAUGGUUAGAUUGGUCGGACCCCUUUCAUCUGUCAAAUGUUUCUGAGUAACAAUUAACGGUAUGUAUCAAUAAGGAAAACCAAAUAGAACAAAAGUUUUUGAAACAAACUUGGUGGUUGACUGAUGGAAAUCUCAUGUUUUUACUCUUUGCAAAGAACUGCAGGUUUAUCUUUGCAAAGGUGAUAUCUUGACUUACACCAUUAAUUCUCUAUUUUAUACAUUUUUUAUUGAUAUAUCAUUUACUUUACAUUCUAAAACAAUCUAUAUGGUAUGAUUUGCAGGUUCAACCAUUAUGUUAAGUGGAUUUGCAUUGGAAGACGUGUUACAUUAUUAGGGAAAUUGAUCUUUUUAAAUUCCUUGUACUUUUAGGUCAAUUGGAUAUUGUAUUUAAACAAUUUGUUUUGGAUAUUAUAAUAAUUAAUAAUUUAACUAAUAGAUUUUGUUUUUAA